CCAGAGCUGCAUUCCUGCUGCCACAUCGGACUGAACCAUUCUGUGUCAGCAAGGACAUUUUAACCUCUCCGCGAAAUGGAAACGCACAGGAUAUGCAUUUUACAUGUAAAAUCUACGUAGAAUUUGAUGUUUCUCUCUUCAGCUUUGCCAGUUUCAACAUUCAGUCAAAAUUACAGGGAAUCAUUUUAGAGUUUGCCUAAAGCAACACCCCACUCCUUUUUAAAGUGGUCGACCCCAUCCUGCUGCCAUGUUGGAUGUACGCAUCGCCGCUGCAGCUACUGGAGUUUCCGAAUGAAAGUUUAGCGUUUUUCCUUCUGCAGAUGCACAACGGGUCAUUACUUUUGUAAAUUAGCACCAAACAAAGGAGUUAGCGUUCUUUCUUGACCAGUACCGCGCCAGGGAACACACUUCCCGUCCUCCUCCGCCCUCCAGCCCGGAGUCGGACUCAGCGGAGAUGAUCCGGUUGCAGGCCCCAGCAACCGGAGCCCGCAUGGAUUUUGUGUAAUCAGCAGAGUUUGUUUUGCCCGUCCGGGGUGAAUAACCGCAUCGUUUCGGGGUUAACCACAGAAAAUUACGAGCCAUGAACAGUCACCCGCCGCCCCGGAGGCUCACAAACGUCGGCUCCCUCCUCCUGACCCCGCAGGAGAACGAGUGCCUAUUCGGCUACCUGGGCAGGAAAUGCUCCAGUCUGUGUUCAGCGGUGGUCCAGGUUUACGGGGCCGACCGGAGCGCCAUCUGGGUGAAGAGAUGCUGCGGGGUGGCUUGUCUGGUUAAAGACAACCCACAGAGAUCCUACUUCAUCAGAGUGUUUGACAUCAAAGAAGGGAAAAUCAUGUUUGAGCAGGAACUAUACCACAACUUCUCUAUCAGCUGUUCCAGAUCCUACUUCAUCUCAUUUGCAGGAGACACCUUUCAGAUUGGUCUGAAUUUUGCCAGUGAAGAAGAGGCCAAAAGAUUCAGAGUUGCUAUCAAUGACCUGCUUAACCGACGGCAACGCAAAACUGAGAAAAGAGGUGACCCUAAAAAUGGUCCAGCUCUGCACAUGGCCACAGUGGACAUCAAGAACCCGGAGAUCAACAACGUCAGAUUCCACAACUCCCACAGCCACCAGCAGCCGUACCACCUCAACAACAUGCUGAGCCACGGCGGUCUGACCCGCAAGGACAAGAAGACCAAAGGCAAGAAGAAGAAGCUGACCAAGGCUGACAUUGGCACGCCCAGCAACUUCCAGCACAUUGGUCACGUGGGCUGGGAUCCAAAUACAGGUUUUGAUCUGAACAACCUGGACCCUGAGCUGAAGAACCUGUUCGACAUGUGCGGCAUUUCUGAGGCACAGCUGAAGGACCGCGAGACGUCCAAGGUCAUCUACGACUUCAUCGAGAAGAAGGGAGGGGUGGAAGCCGUCAAGAACGAGCUGAGGAGGCAGGCACCCCCUCCACCUCCUUCUCGUGGUGGACCACCACCACCUCCGCCUCCACCACACCAGAGCUCAGCUCCACCCCCACCUCCUCCUCCUCCAUCCAGAGGGGGCAGAGGAGCCCCUCCUCCCCCUCCUCCGUCCAGAGCACCUGCGUCAGCUCCUCCUCCUCCUCCGCCCUCCAGACCAGGAACUCUGGGUGCCCCACCUCCCCCGCCACCUCCCACCAGAGCGGGUCACCAGCCUCCCGUUGCUUCACACCAUCACCACCACCAGCCUCCACCUCCUCCCCCUCCAUCCUCCUUGCACUCAUCCAUCACCCCCCAUGCCCCUCCACCUCCACCUCCCCCACAGCCCCACCAGUCUCCAGUCAACAGUGGGGGCAUCUCUGCUCCUGCUCAGCCGCCCCCACCUCCUCCUCCGCCCCCACCACCCGGCCCUCCUCCCCCUUCAGAGCUGGACGGCGUUGGUGGUGGCGGAGACUCGCCUCAUUCGCCAAGUCCAGGGGGGAAGUCGGCGCUGCUGGAGCAGAUCAGGGGAGGAACUCAGCUGAAGAAGGUGGAGCAGAACAACCGAGCACCGGCCUCCAACACCGGACGAGACGCUCUUCUGGACCAGAUCCGACAAGGAAUCCAGCUCAAGAACGUGCCGGAUCAGCCAGAGUCCAGCCCUCCAACGCCGGCCCCUACUGCAGGCAUCGUUGGUGCUCUCAUGGAAGUCAUGCAGAAGAGGAGCAAAGCCAUCCAUUCUUCAGACGAAGACGAGGAUGACGAUGAAGACGAGGACUUUGAGGAUGACGACGAGUGGGAGGACUAGUCUCCUCUCGCCCCACCAACCUAUCGCUUACACUAAAAUAUCUUGUAGAAAUCUUCCAGAAUCUGACUAAAAUUGUAAUGUAAAUGUUGUAUGACUUUGCUGUAUAUUUAUUUUUGCUUUUUUUUUU